AACGGUGUCCGAGCCCCUCCCGAAUUCUCCCGCCCGGCCCUCAAGAAGCCCGGAACGGAAGAAGCAGGCAUUGUUUGCGCGCCAGUUCCGGGCGCGCGCGUGCGUCACCUCCGGCGGAGCGUACUUCGCAGAGAGGGUUUGAAAAGUGUUUCUGGUGCUAAUAUCAGCUGCGCUUGUCCUUUUUUUGAUUGUCCGGAUACAUUUUUCCAGAAGGACUGAACGACAACGUGCGAGGGGAACACGGAUUGUCACUUUACUGCAAGCCUUUCAGUGUGAGGGGAAUACUUUUCUAGACCCUCGGAGCUGAGAAAUCUCUAAGAGGUGAAUUUGAGUACUGACAGCCUGUCUCGGGUGGCAGGCAGUGAAGGGGUUUGGUCAGGCCAAAGGAGGUUCAGCCCUGGGGACCUUUACGGGCCAGAAGGCCCUGCCUGGAAUGCUGGUGUCCUUGCUAAUUUAUUUAUUGCUCUCGUCCUGCAAAGCAGAACUCAUUUAAAUCUGAAAACAAAUCAGGCCAUAUGGAUGAUGAAAAAAGACCGUUACAGGUGAAAUUGAACCCAGAACUAUAUAUACAACCAAUCUAAUGAAAAUGUGUGGAAGUGAUCUGAAGAAAAUCCAGGAACGCAGAAUUUACUGAAAUAAAAGGGUAAGAGUGGAAAAGGACCAUUUUUUUCCUGCUGAAAUCACGAUGGAGGCAGAACAGCAGCAGCCAUGGAUGACAGACUUUUACUUGGAAUUGCCCAAAGUGGAACUUCAUGCCCACUUGAAUGGAUCCAUUAGUUCAAAUACCAUGAAGAAAUUAAUAGCCAAGAAGCCAAAUCUUGACAUCAACAAUCAGAUGACUAUGAUUGACAAAGGAAAGAAAAGAACUUUAGAAGAAUGUUUCCAUAUGUUUCAAAUUAUUCAUCAGCUUACUACUGGGCCUGAAGAUAUUCUGAUGGUCACAAAAGAUGUCAUUAAAGAAUUUGCUGAUGAUGGUGUCAAGUACCUGGAACUGAGGAGCACACCCAGAAGAGAAAAUGCUACUGGAAUGACCAAAAAGAUUUAUGUGGAAUCUAUACUUGAGGGUAUAAAACAGUCCAAACAAGAAAAUUUAGACAUUGAUGUUAGGUACUUGAUCACAAUUGACAGAAGAGGGGGCUCUGAGGCAGCCAAGGAGGCUGUUAAACUUGCAAAAGAGUUCUUCCUUUCUGCCGAGGGUACAGUUCUUGGCCUUGACCUCAGUGGAGACCCUACUAUAGGAAAAGCAAGAGACUUCUUGGAACCACUUUUAGAAGCUAAAAGAGCCGGCCUAAAAUUGGCUCUGCAUCUUUCAGAGAUUCCAAACCAAAAAGAAGAAACCCAGAUGCUCCUGGAUUUGCUUCCUGACAGAAUCGGGCAUGGAACAUUUCUCACCUCCUCUGAGAGAGGAUCCCUGGAUCUGGUGGACUUUGUAAGGCAGCAUCAGAUACCACUUGAACUCUGUUUGACUUCAAACGUCAAAAGUCAGACGGUUCCAUCUUACGACCAGCAUCACUUCGGAUUCUGGUACAGCAUCUCUCAUCCAUCUGUGAUCUGUGUAAGACUGAUGAUAAGGGUGUUUUUUCAACCUGCCUUUCUCAAGAGUACCAGCUGGCAGCUGAAACAUUUAAAUUGGCCCAGUCUCAAGUGUGGGAUCUGUCUUAUGAGUCCAUCAGCUACAUCUUUGCUUCUGACAGCACCAGAUUGGAACUGAGGAAGAAGUGGAAUCACCUGAAGCCCAAAGUGUUACACUUCUAAGCUGUAGGAAGGUGAACUGCUUUGGGGUCUGUGUUGCCAUUCCUGCCAUAUCCCACUCAGUAAAUCGUCCACCUCUUUGAAUAACGGUACACAUGGCAGGUGCUCAGUAAUUAUGUUUUUUUUUUUUUUUAUUGGCUUUUUGAGACAGGGUCUUACUAUGUAGUUGA